AUGUCUGUUGUGACGACCACCCUAAUACAAAAUACAAAUGGAGCACCGGAAGCCGUUAUUGCAUACAUUUCACACGUGGUGAAGCUUUGGGAGCAGUUCAUCCAGGGGGUAGAAAAAGUUCCUGGUGGUUCCCUGGUGCUAAACUACAUUCGUGCUUCGCAUAAAAAUGAUCCAUGGAGAACACUUUUAGAGGUUUUGCUUGCACUAGUCGCCAUUCGGUACUUUUUUGCAUCAAAAUAUUCACAAGAUGAAAAGGAAAAAGUUCAUUUGUCGGAGAAGGAGAUCCAGGAGCUGAUUGACGACUGGGAGCCAGAGCCGUUCGCCCCUCCGCUCAGAAAAGAAGAGAGAUGGGAGCUCGACGCCAUUCCUAUGGUGAAGGGCGCUGCUGGUAACCGCGUAGCGCUAGAGGAUCCCAAAACCGGCCACGUUAUUCCUAACUUACUCAACAUGGCAUCCAGAGACUUCCUGAACAUGGGGCUGAACGAGAACGUGAAGCAGCGUGCCAUCAAGACCAUUCGCGAAUGUGGAGUUGGUGCGUGCAGCCCGAUGAACUUUUAUGGAACACAGGACGUUCAUGUGCGUCUAGGAGAGGACCUGGCACGGUUCCUGGGAGCGGAAGAGGGUAUCAUUUAUGGGCAGGAUUAUUGUACUUCUACCUCUGUUUUGCCUUGUUUCCUGAAAAGAGGAGAUAUAGUGAUUGUUGACGGAGGGGUUUCAGUUGCUUUGCAGAAAGCUGCCCUGAUUUCCAGAUGUCAUAUUGAGUGGUUCAACCACAACGAUUUGGACCAUUUGGAAGAGAUUUUGGAGUCUUUGCAGGAAGAGUUACGCGAAGGACCGCUCAACAGAAGAUUUAUCGUUACGGAGGCACUUUCUGAGAAUUUUGGAGACUCGCCAGAUCUGAAGAGACUGGUGGAGAUCAAAAACAAGUACAAGUUUAGACUGUACCUUGACGAAACGUAUUCGAUCGGAACUUUGGGCGCCAAUGGCCGUGGGCUGCCGGAAGUGUACGGAAUUCCAAGAUCAGAGAUUGAGAUCACCGUGGGCUCUUUGGCACACGCUCUUGGUUCCAGUGGAGGUUUCUGUGUUGGAUGCCGUGAUAUGGCUUACUACCAAAUUCUUUCCUCCAACGCUUACGUGUUUUCCGCUGCUCUGCCUCCAUACAGUGCAAGUGCAGCCUCUGCCGUUAUUUCGAUGCUGGAAGAGGCAGAGGAGCCGGGAAAGGUCAACAGAUACGUGAAGCCAUUGCAGGAUAAUACCCAGCUAUUGUACUCGCUGCUCAAACAAUCAAAGAAGCUGCAGCAGGUGGUGUCUGUGAGAUCUGCCGAAUACUCGCCGGUGAUAAUAUUGAGACUGGCGCCUGCUUUGCGCAAGAAGCUCAACCUGCCCGAGAGCUAUGGUGGACCGGGCUCUGAUGUGCUCAAGGCCAUCAAAAACGGCCACGAAGAAGGGUAUUUUUCGCGUGAUUACAACCGGGAAAACUAUCUGCUACAAAAAAUGAUUGACGAGCUCAUUGGCCGGGGCGUUCUGAUCACCAGGUCAAAAAGAGUCCUACACCAUGAACUGCUACCGGUGGUGCCUACAUUGUUAAUCAAUGUCAAUGCGGGAUUCAACGAGAAGGAUAUCCAGCACGCAUAUGAGUGCAUUGAGGAUACUAUUUCAACGACGUUGUCUGGGCUAGAUGCCAAUGGUUUCAACCAGCUAGUACAGCAAUUAGAGAAGACUAAUAUAAUAUAG